AUGACGAAGCGAGUAUUGGCGCUGUUUGACGUCGAUGGCACGCUCACGGUGCCGCGUAAACGAGCGGAUGAGACGAUGAAGACCUUCAUGAGAGAUCUCCGCUCGAAAGUCACCGUGGGGAUCGUCGGCGGCUCGGACCUGGUGAAGAUCUCCGAACAGCUCGGUGAGGGCUCGGAGAGAGAGUUCGAGUACCUGUUCGCCGAGAACGGGUUGGUGGCGUUCAAGGGUGGAGAGUUGUUGGCGAAGCAGUCGCUGAAGACGCACCUCGGAGAGGAAAAGUUGAAAAAGUUCAUCAACUUUGUGCUGCGGUACGUCGCGGAUUUGGAGAUUCCGAUCAAGCGCGGGACGUUCAUCGAGUUCAGGAGUGGGAUGUUAAACGUGUCGCCGAUCGGAAGGAACUGCAGUCAGGAGGAGCGGGACGAGUUCGAGCGGUUCGAUAAAGAGGCGGGCGUUCGAGCGAAAUUCGUGGAGACCCUUCGAAAAGAGUUCGCAGAUUACGGUCUGACGUACUCCGUGGGUGGGCAGAUCUCCUUUGACGUUUUCCCGCAGGGAUGGGAUAAGACGUACUGCCUGAGAUUCGUGGAGAAUGAUUUCGACGAGAUUCACUUCUUCGGCGACAAGACGUACAAGGGCGGAAACGAUCACGAGAUCUUCGAGUCACCGAAGACGAUCGGUCACACCGUGACGUCACCGGAGGACACGCGCAAGCAAGUCACCGAACACAUCCUGAACAAGCUUUGA